AGAGCCCCCUGCAAAGGGGUCCUCCUCAUUCAUCUUCUCUCUCGAACAAACAGUGACUCAAACACGGUGGGCAACAAUGAGGAGAAGAGCUCUCUGUAUUCUGUCAAAAAGACCAUUUUCUUCACAACCUGAAAUACCCAGUUUGUAUUCAUUUCUGCAACCUUCAAUUUUCUCCUUAAAAAGAACAGAACAACCUUCUACAACCCCACCAAAACCCCAUGACCAAACCCCACUAACCUUAACACAAGAACACAAAUCCAAUCUUGAGUCCAAACUUCAAGAUUCCAUAAAAGAAAACAAUACAGAUGAAGCUUGGAAAUCAUUCAAGACCCUUUCAAAUUACUCUGCUUACCCAAGUAAGUCACUUAUCAAUUCACUCAUCACUCAUUUGUCAUCACUGAAUGAUACCCAUAAUAUAAAAAGAGCAUUUGCAUCAGUUGUAUUCUUGUUAGAGAAGAAACAAGAAUUGUUACAGCCUGAAACUGUACAUGUGUUGUUGAAAUCAAUGAGAGAUGUUAAUACUGCUGCUCCUGCUUUUGCAUUAGUGAAGUGUAUGUUCAAGAACAGAUUUUUCAUCAGUUUUAGUUUGUGGGGUGAUGUUCUUGUGGAGAUUUGUAGGAAAAAUGGUAACUUUGGUGGGUUUUUACAAGUUUUCAAUGAGAAUUGUAGGAUUGCUAUUGAUGAGAAGUUGAGUUUCUUGAAACCUAGUUUGGCAGCUUGUAAUGCUGCACUUGAAUGUUGUUGUCGUGAGCUUGAAUCGGUUACUGAUGCGGAGAAAGUGGUGGAGACCAUGUCAGUUUUGGGUGUUAGGCCUGAUGAAUAUAGUUUUGGGUUAUUAGCUUAUUUGUAUGCAUUGAAGGGUCUUAAAGAGAAAAUUGAUGAAUUAGAAGGUUUAAUACGUGGAUUUGGUUUCCCGGAUAAAGGGGUUUUUCGUAGUAAUUUGAUUAGUGGGUUUGUAAAGUGUGGUAAUUUUGCGUCUGUUUCAGCAACUGUUCUUCAAGGUGCAAGAGAAACGGGUGGACAAGGAUUAUGUUUUGGAGAAGGAACUUAUAAUGAAGCAGUAAGUGGAUUUCUUCAAAAUGGGAGCAUAAAAGAAUUAGCUACUUUGAUUGGUGAAACUCAGACCUUGGAAUCUCCAUCCAUGAUUGUUGAGAGAUCCGUUGGAUAUGGCGUCAUAAAUGCUUGCAUUAAUCUUGGGUUAUUGGACAAGGCACACACGAUAUUUGAUGAAAUGAAUGCUCAGGGGGCUUCUUUAGGUCUUGGAGUUUACCUCCCAAUAUUGAAGGCAUAUUGCAAAGAGCAAAAAACCGCUGAAGCUGCUCAACUGGUGACAGACAUAAGCAGUUUAGGCCUCCAAUUGGAUGUUGCUACCUAUGAUGCUCUAAUUGAAGCGUCAAUGUCAUGCCAAGAUUUUCAGUCUGCAUUUUCUAUGUUUAGGGACAUGAGAGAAGCAAGAAUACCUGACUUGCAAGGGAGUUACUUGACAAUCAUGACUGGUUUAACUGAAAGCCAUCGACCUGAGCUCAUGGCAGCUUACUUGGAUGAGAUUGUGGAAGAUCCUAGGAUUGAAAUUGGAACACAUGAUUGGAAUUCCAUCAUCCAUGCCUUCUGCAAGGCUGGACGGCUGGAAGAUGCUAGGAGGACUUUCAGGAGAAUGACCUUCCUUCAGUUUGAACCAAAUGAGCAGACAUAUCUUUCUCUUAUAAAUGGAUAUGUGACAGUGGAGAAGUAUUUCAAUGUUUUGGUGCUGUGGAACGAAGUCAAAAGAAAGGUUUCAGCAGAAGAGGAGAAGAAGUUGAAAUUAGAUAAUACCUUGGUUGAUGCAUUUCUGUAUGCGUUGGUCAAAGGGGGCUUCUUUGAUGCAGUAAUGCAAGUUGUGGAGAAAUCUCAAGAGAUGAAGAUAUUUGUUGAUAAAUGGAGAUAUAAACAAGCAUUCAUGGAGAAACAUAAGAAACUCAGAGUUUCAAAGUUAAGAAGGAAAAAUCGCGGUAAAAUGGAGGCACUUAUUGCUUUCAAAAAUUGGGCUGGUUUGAGUGCUUGAUGGGACUCAUAUCUAAAAUACUCAACUUAACGUCAAACGCUAACUUGGAUUUUAGGGCUUUUGAUGCUGACACAGCAAGUGGCAAAUUGCUUUUCAAGAAACUCGCCUGGUAAAGAUUAUGAGCUGCGGUGCUUGCUAAACUAUAUGGAAAGUUGUGAUCUAACUUCCAAGAAGCAGAAUUAUACUCCGGGUAAAACGCCAGUCUGUUCAAGCCAAAUGCUGCAGAAGCACUCCAUAGACCACUAUUCCGACCUGGCUAUGAUCAACAUACUCUAGAAGGUGCUAUAUCAUGAAACCUUUCUGCUUUGUUGUAACACACUUGUAUAAGAUUUUUCCAUUACUCUCAGUCGGAGAAAUUGGCAUGCCGAAACCAGAAGCAGUGAAAGAAUGUACCCCCAUGCUUGUAGAGAAACUCAACAAAAUAUUUAAUUUACUUACAAAUGCAUAACAUCCUUGGUUGGUUCGUUAAUCAGCAGCAGUUCCUUUUGAUGCUGUUACUGGCCAAAAUGUUGUAUGGUCAGAGUAUUUUGUUGUUCAACUCUUGAAUAGGUGUAGCAGAUAUCUGACGAGGAGCUUUUUGUGCCAGUACAAAUUGUAAGAGUUGCUCCCUCUCUCUCUAGUGCGGUAAGAUGUUAUGAAGUUUGUUUUUUUCUUAUAAGAAAAAAGUCAUUUGUUUUUUA